AUGGACCCUUUCAGCGCCCUACCCUAUGAGCUUCUAUCUGCAAUCAGCGAGGAAGCUGCGGAUUGGGUUGGGCUUGACAGCCUGAUUCGAGUUUCGCCACGCAUUGCCCUAUUGUUCACCCCGGAAGGAGGUUCGGAUCAAGCCCACCCCGAUGCCAUCCGCCUCGUUGAGAGCAUUCUGCGGACAAACCCCAUCACGAGCCAUGGAAUACACCGGUUCUUCCGGAUGUGUGCGAAUCUCCGGCGCUCUUCCUUCUCCUCCGGAUGCAAUCUGACCCUAGCCGAGUUCAUGGCACAGGACUUUUCCUCGCCCCUGAGCCCCACUUCUGUGACUGGCACUGUGCUGCGGGACAUGGUCCGGGUUGCAGCCAACAUCCAGCGGCUGGCCUGCGCCUGCUUAGCCACCUUUCUGGCACGCACCCGAGCGGUGCAACCAAUAGGCUACGGGAGAGAUGCGGCCGGGAAGCUGAAGGGGGGAGAACCAUAUUCGCAGCGAGAUGUCGGUUCCCCGUCGUGGGUGGAGGAGUACCGUGUUUAUCGCGCUCUAUGGCAUUUGCAGCUGUAUUCAGAUGUGUGGAAUGUUUCUCCCCAGAUAUGUUGGUCUAUCAGCGAGCUCCAUCUCUAUAUACGAGUCUCGGACUUUGAUGUCCCUUCCGAAAGACCCCAACGCGGGCCAACGCAAGAAGGAGAACCCACCGGGGACGAGAUGCGAGCUGUGUCGGAGUGUCUGCAGGACAUUUGUCCCCAUCCAAACUUGUCGGAACCUCUCAUUGCGAACCUCGAUAGCUUCUAUCUGCGGUUUUGGCUGGAAUUGCCCGAUGCAUUGUCUCUCAGGCGCCAGGAUCCCCAAGGCAGCGAUGAUUCUCAAGCCAAUGCCUUCCGUGGCUUCAGGGUCUGGAGUCCCCCAUUCCUCCCGUCUUCCGAGGAGGAUACGUGCGAGCCUAUUUUGGGGCAAUGGGACAACACUAUCCCUGCUGUGCAGGACCGAAAUAUUGGUAAUCUGUGGUCUUUAACAACACCAGACACGAUGUGGACCUUCUGUCCCUCCAUCGGCGCAGCGUACUUGUUUACCGUGCUCUUCACCCUGACGACCCUCGCCCACCUCGCACAGGCGAUCCUGCAUCGCAAAUUCUACAGUUGGGUGAUCGUCAUGUCCGGUCUCAUCCAGACAGUGACCUACAUCUUUCGCAUCCUCAGCAUCCUCCAUCCAGCCAGCUAUACCGACUACGCGGCGUGGUUUGUACUGAUUCUGAUCGCACCCCUCUGGACCAACGCCUUCGUCUACAUGGUUAUGGGCCGUAUGGUGUGGAACUUCACCGACGACGCGCGGGUCCUACGCGUGCGACCCUGGCAUUUUGGUCUUUUCUUCGUGGCUCUAGACAUAAUUGCAUUCAUCGUCCAAGUCUACGGAGCCGCUCAAGCAGCCGGCAACAACGUCUCCUACAACACAGAGAUGACGGGCUUACACAUAUACAUGGCCGGGGUGGGCGUGCAGCAGCUCUUCGUCCUGGUGUUCGUGCUCUGUGGCGUGGCCUUCCACCGUAAGUUGCUUCAGCAGCGGCGAUCAGAUGCGAAAAAGGCAUUGCUCUUACUCUAUGUGCUCUAUGCAUGUCUUGCCCUGAUUACGAUGCGGAUUAUAUUCCGGCUGUGUGAAUAUGCGCAGGGCCUCGACAGCGAGAUUCCCGCCCACGAGGCGUACCAAUACUGCCUUGACUCUCUGCCGAUGCUGUUGGCACUUGUACUGCUCAAUGUGGUGCACCCGGGUCGAACUAUGCCGGGUAAGGAGAGUGAUAUGCCGAGUCGGAAGAAGCGUAAGCAGACGGGUGUGACCA